AGUUUAGAGAGAGAAACCCGCAAGAUUUGGAAACAUGUUCGUCGCCAUUGACAUGGCUGAAUGCUAUCGCAGAAUCCAGCGUCCAUAUAAUUCUAAUGAAAUUCUGACAAACGAAUUCUUCUGUUUAGUUCGUUUUAGAUUUAGAGAGAGAGGGACAACUUUCAUGUCUCAAUUCCUCUCCCUUCGUUUCCACCCUUAAGCUAUUGGCCUCUUUCCCCGUACGGAACCUUCAUUUUCCCGGGAAAUUCAUCUUCUACCGAUAUUUCCCGGGAAUCCACCGAUCUUCCUCCCUCAACAAUGAGAACGAGUCAAGGUGUAGGAUCUCCGUCGAGGAGAAGCAUGUCCAUGUCGGCGGCGAGCUCGCCGUCCUAUGCCCGAAGGAGAUCCUUAGCAGCUGACAAUUCGGGAGGAGCAACACCGUUAGACUCCUCUUCCCGCAAGUCUCUUUCCUCGUCUCGCUCAAUGGGACUGACAGGAGAGAGGACGGUGAAGAGAUUGCGUCUGUCAAAAGCUCUCACAGUACCUGAAACAACAACAAUAUAUGAGGCUUGCCGACGUAUGGCUGCUCGCAGAGUUGAUGCUUUAUUGUUGACUGACUCUAAUGCAUUGCUAUGUGGGAUCAUGACAGACAAGGAUAUCGCGAUAAGAGUAAUUGCUCGUGAAAUUAAUAUUCAAGAAACACCGGUUUCGAAGGUGAUGACAAGAAACCCGGUCUUCGUGCUAUCCGACACUCUUGCCGUUGAAGCCCUGCAGAAAAUGGUGCAAGGCAAAUUCAGACAUUUGCCAGUUGUGGAAAAUGGUGAGGUCAUUGCUUUGCUUGAUAUAGCAAAAUGUCUGUAUGAUGCUAUUGCUCGCUUGGAAAGGGCGGUUGAGAAGGGAAAGGCUAUAGCAGCUGCUGUCGAAGGUGUUGAAAAGCACUGGGGGGCAUCUGCUUAUGGUUCUAAUACAUUCAUUGAAACAAUUAGAGAGCGGAUGUUCAGACCCUCCUUGUCUACAAUUGUACCUGAGAAUUCAAAGGUUGUUACAGUUGAACCAAGCGAUAAUGUUCUAGAUGCAGCAAAGAAAAUGCUCGAAUCUCGGACAAGUUCUGCUAUUGUAGCAGUUGAGAGCAAACCAUGUGGAAUUCUUACUUCAAAGGAUAUCUUGAUGCGAGUCAUAGCACAAGACCUAUCUCCCGAGUCAACUUUAGUGGAUAAGGUCAUGACCCCUAAUCCAGAAUGUGCAAGUGUUGAUACGCCUAUAUUGGAUGCUUUACAUAGGAUGCAUGAGGGGAAAUUUUUACACAUGCCUAUUGCGGAUAAAGAUGGAGCAAUUGUUGCAGUUGUUGAUGUGAUCCAUAUCACUCGUGCUGCUAUUUCCACACAGGUAGGAAGUACUGCUGGAGUUAAUGAAGAAGCUGCAAACACUAUGAUGCAAAAGUUUUGGGAUUCUGCUAUGGCAUUAACUCCUAACGAUGAUGAAGAGACACACAGUGAAGGUUCCUUGAAGUUGGCCUCAGAAGGGCAGGAGACUGGAAUAUCACUUCCAUUUCCUUCGUCAACACUGCCAAAUACUUUUGCUUUUAAGAUUCAAGACAGAAAGGGAAGGAUGCACAGGUUCACCAGUGAUACCCGAAGCAUGACAGACCUCAUGACUGCAAUACUUCAAAGAUUGGGGAGCGACAUUAACUGGAAUAAUCUUCCUCAAAUUCUGUAUGAGGAUGAAGACCAGGACAAGGUCGUACUUGCAUCUGACAGUGACCUCAUCACGGCUGUUGAGCAUGCAAGGUCUGCUGGUUGGAAGGGAUUGAGGUUGCACCUAGAUUACUCAAGAGUUCCACAUCGUGGGCUGGGGGGUUCUGGAUCAAGCAGUAUGGACUUCGCUCACCAGACUGAUGCAUGGGCUGCAGCCUACAGUGCCGCGGCCACUGGUGCUGCAUUAGUCGCUGCUUUAGGCGUAUUGGCCUUUUUGAGAAGAAAUAAUAAUUGAUUUUUUUUUUUGAAUUAAUCCAAACCGGUCAGCAUUUUCUCUUGUUGUGUGUAAUUUGUGUUGUAUCAUUGUUGUUAUAUAUAUGGGCUCCAAUUUAAGAGGUUCUUCUGAUCAGAAUCUAGAGUGCUGUGUAUUCUACCACCCAGUUUUUGUACUCCACUGAACAUAUGAGUUCUGGCCUUGAAUAAUGCUUUUGAGCUUUUAAAGCAAGGUAUCAAAGCAAUUAGAAUAUUAUAGUAAUCACUUUUUAAUUAAGUUUAAAAAGUGUAAAUAUUAAAAAGUUGGAUA